AUGUCGGAUCAAGCAUCAUCAACAGAUACAUCGGAACUUAAAGCUGGACAUGCUCCUGCUUUAAAAGUUGGUGGUAUGCGAGUUGGUGCAGGUCGUCCUCGGCAAACAUCACAAGGUGAUGAUAAGGAUAAAAAUGUUAAUAACGAAGAAACAACUGGAGAUAGUACAAACGCUCGUAAUAAAGAAAAAUCAGCUGGAAAUGAUGAAGAAGUUGAGGAUGAACAAGGAACAGUAUCAAAUCGUGUCGCUGGUCAAAUGGUAUCUGGAACUUUUGUUCCUGUUGAAAAAGCUUUUCCAACUGAAGCAGUUAAACAUAUUCAUGACAAACCUGGUACCCAUGCUAAACAUGACUUUCAUAAUCAUGCAAAACAUGAUGAACAACGUCAUAUAAAUCAACCACGAAAACAAUGA